AUGCUCAUCCGAGAUUCCCGAAAACUGGUUCUGUUCGUGGUGCCAGUUGUGCUUCUUGUAGUCUUUGCUUUGAAGCUCUAUCUUGACCCUGCAGCUUUCCCAGCUCAUGUUCAGGAUUGGGUUCCGGCGCAGUUGAAGAAGUCAUCGGAUAAGGAACAAGAAUCACUCACUGAUGAAAACCCACUACCUACACAUGCAUCAGCUCAGUCAACACCGGCUGCGCAGACAAGUCUGCCAGAAAGUAGCCAAUUUGGUGAAGGCAUCAUUCCCCAGGACAUAAGCACAACACACAAUGAACUCUUCUCACUGUCUACCAAAGACAAGAAAUACUUCGGCAUUGACUUUGGAGAUUUCACGGCCCUCAAUCCCAACAUCAUACCCCAUCCCACUCUCGAAAAGACAUGGAUAGUUGUAGCUCAAUGGCUUCAAGAAGGCGGCAACUCGCUCUGGUUCGCCGAACUUGUUUGCAACGCUGCUUUCCAAGAUGAUGUCCUCCGAUGUCUCCACUCACCAACAACUCUUCCCGUCACCGCGACUGUGGGGGGCGGAAAGUGUGAAGGCGAGAUGGCCUACUUUGAUCUCAACAUGGGACCGCACGAUGCACGUGUCUUCUAUGGUCCUGAGAAGCCUUACACGACAUACGGCUCGAACUCACAGUUCACUUGCCUCGCUCAGUUUGUGCAAGAUUUCCGCACCCUCACCAGCUGGAUGGGAGAUUUGUCGAAUCUGAAUGAGUUCAGAGUCGGCACCGAACUUCAACGGCCUCUACCUUGGCAUGCAAUGGAGAAGAACUGGUUUCUCUUCUGGGACUCUGGUGAUAACAUGUACGCCCACUACGAUAUCACGCCUAAGAGAGCAUUUGCGCAGAUGAACCUAGAUGGCUCAGCCGGUCCAGAUCUUGCACCCGCGGCACUAGGUGACGAACAAUGUCUGACCAAGUAUCUCCCCAAGGAUAUAGGCGAGAACGAAUCCAUACACCAAACUACCAAUUCCCUCAAAAUCACCAUGUGUGGCCGGGACGAGCCCCUAUGUGUCCCCGACGACAGUAACACAUUCAUCAUGGUGAUAUUCCAGCACAAAUCAUACAUCAACUACCACAGCGUCUACGAGCCAUACGUCAUGCUUUUCAGACAGCAGGCUCCUUUUGAAAUCCAUGCUAUCUCUCGCAAGCCGAUCUGGAUCCAUGGGCGAAAGCAAUAUCCUGAGAAGGCUACUUCUGAUAUGGUAUAUAUCACUUCCAUGAGCUGGAAGAGCAAAGAUCAGAAGUAUCAUGGACACAUUGGGGAUGAGAUGUUUCUUGGUUUUGGUAUUGAGGAUAUUAGAACGGGUGGGAUUGAUAUAAGAGCGGAGGAUCUUUUGAAAGAUAUGGGGUUAUGUUUCGAGGGCUAG